CGGUCCACAGUACCAAGUAUCUAAUCCUCAGUACACGCCGCGAUGCUGCGUAAUUAGUUGCAGCUUUAAGUUUUUAAUUAAAGAGCCUAUGUACGAAGAAUACACAAAUAUGGAGAUAUUAACCAUUUAUGAGUGAAAUUUCAUGGCUUUUAUUAGUGUGACGAUAUUUUAUAUUACCAUUUUUUUUUCUUUUUAGUUUAUCGUAUUAGGAAAUAACGAAUCUGUUACAGCGUUUAUUGUCUUCAACAUUCAUGUUAAAUCCGCGUACCUACUCAAGUACUUAGUUUACUUUUGUUGCAUUCAACGCAAGAGAGAAUAGGUACGUAAAAAUAAAUGAGUACCGCUAAUAUCUGUAACUAAUGGACGGAUUUGUAUGAAAGAUUUUUUGGUAUAAGUAUAUCUAUAAAGCCAUAUUUUUGAGAACUGGAACAGCUUAUGCCUUACUCUAACGAGCCAUGGGACUAUAAGAGAUUUGACUAUAAAUGAUGCCUUAGAAGAAAUGGUUCAGACUAAUAUGCAUUUUCUAUUGAGGUUUGUAUGGAAUUCUAAAAAUCUAGCUUCACUAUAACCGCAAAAGUUGUUCAGUGUGGCAGUAAUAGUUUAUUUGGAAUUAUCAAUUAUUCUAUUCUAAUUUUCGAUGAUGAUGGAUAUAUGUAAUUGAAUUUGAAUUGCCUAAACUGGCAAAACUUCCAUAAUUAUAUGGAAUAUGCCUUCAGGCUUAUGUCAAUGUUUUGUGUAGAAAUAUGAUUGAAGCUUAAAUUCUCACGGGGGGAAUUUUAUAACAACACUAGCACAAGGAGAAAUACCUUGGUAAAAUUAGAUGUUACAAACAGGAUCAAAUGCCUCAUUUUAAUGCGGAUUUAUGAGAGGAACCGUUAUUUCGAUUUAUGCGGUUCUAGUUAAGGUAUAUUACUAAAAAUAACUUUAAGUACACAACUUACUACUGUAACACUUUGACCCUGACCAACAUGAGUGUAGUCAUUAAUGUUUUAUUAGUUAUUUUUGAAAACUGGUCAAGUACGAUAUGGUUUUCGGGUUUCAUAAUAAUUGGAGACUACAUAAGCAUGCCUACCUAAUGUAAUAAGGGGUUUUCAGGUGGCGCCUAGGAGAAUAAAAUAUGAAUAAAUAAACAUUAGGUACCUUUUUUGUUUCAAUUGAAAAUUUCAGUUCAAUUUUAUAAAUCUUACGGACAUUUUAGGGUACAUAUAAAAAUAUUUUUGUGCCAUCUACAUGGACACAAUGUCGAUAUUGAAGUGACGAUUAAGGUUUUAAAAAUAUCACUUUGUUGAAAAAAAUAGUAAUCUCUACCGUCCAAAUUUCAUAGGAAAGAUUAUAUUAAGUAUAAGUUAUUUUAUGCGGAACCCUAAAAACUACCCUUGAUCGACUCAUUCAUAAUUAUUGACUUCUUGUUGUUUGCGUGUUCCCCACACAAAGUUCUCUAUAUAAAUAAUUGAACAUUAGUGUUAUCUUAACCAUCUGUAUCAUAAAUAUUAAAUUCUAUGAUUAUAUUUUAGAAAUAAUGUUUCAAAAAACUAGGUGUCAUAUUAUAUUACCAAAUAAGUUUUCCUAAUUUGAUUAAACCUUCCGUUAUUUUUUCUUCAUUCAUUUAAAUUAAGUUACCUAAUUAAUAUUAGUGCUGGCUGCAAGUGCACUAAAAUUAAAAAGUAUUUAGCGUGUAAGAUUAUAUUAUCUGUACUUGCAUACCUGAACUAUGUUAAACUUUAUAAUGUAAGUAUAUAAGAUCCUCGAUCUAACCACUAAAUUUUGUGUAUGUCAUCGAUGUAGCCAUAUAAUACUUAUUGCUUGUACUGUAGGUAACUAAUGGCACUAGCUGGCUUUUUCAUAUCUGUACCAGAUCUAACCUCUGUAUAAUUACUGUUUGGUGUGUUUAAUUCGACCCAUUUAUCACUACACAGCUACAUUUUUACCGAGCUGCAUAUACAAUCCAGUAUCAGAAUUAAAUUGAAAUAAAAUAUGGUUCACUACAAUCCCGACAGACCGUUGGGGCUGAAGCAAAAUAAAAGGUUUUCCAGCGAAAGUGAUUGGAAUAAGCAAACCGAGAAGAUUGGUUGGUUUUCCAAUAAGUUUGCCGAGUUUUGUAAAAGAACAGAUUUGCACGGAUACAAGUAUAUUGUUAUGGAAGAGCUUAGCCCCUUCGAAAGAGGCUGCUGGGCAUUUGCAGUUAUCUUCAGUAUCAUUGUCGCAGUGUAUUUUGUGGUCACGGCUUAUAGGUGGUAUGCACGGAAUCCUAUAGUCACCGUGAUAGAGAGUACGCAAGGUGCCAUCUGGGACGUGCCAUUCCCAGCGAUCACCAUUUGCGACCUCAAUGCGAUCUCACGCAAAGCUGCCAGACUUUUCGCCGAUACUGUGAGCCGUCCCUCCAAUGUGAGUGCGGACCACGUGUUUGAAAUCAUCAGGUUUGCUCCGCUUCUGUUUUCCGCCAUCAGCGCUACUAAGCAACAGAAAGACGAUCUCCGUACUCUGCAAACAGUGUUAGAUGUCAACAACGUUACUAUUAAACAGUUUUUUCGACAGCUUUCUCCGGCGAACUCCUGCAACCAAAUCGUUCAGCGAUGUAUGUGGAAGAACACGAUAUAUCGCUGUGACCAGCUGUUCAAGAACAUCUUCACUGUUAUCAGCCUCUGCUGCACUUUCAACUACUUCGCCGCUGAGGAUAUGGAAAAGAAAAACCCAACUGAAAAUCCAGGAGUACCUCGGCGCGUAGCUUCUUGUGGGUACCAAACUGCACUCACGGUCCUUCUGAAUUCCGACCUUGAUGACUACUACAGUGCGAUGUUGGGAUCCCAGAGUUUUAUUGUUUUUGUGGACGAUGCUUACAAUUACCCUGAUCUGGAUUCUCCAGCGCGCCUCAUCAACCCGUCCACGGAGGUCCUUAUUGCCUUGUCACCGGAGCGAACCUACGCAACACCUGGUAUAAAGACAUUUAGCCCUCAACAUAGGCAGUGUUAUUACUAUAACGAGGUCAAAUUCGGCAUCUUUCGCCAUUAUUCCUUUCAUAACUGUAUGGCUUACCAGAGGAUGGAACUGGCCAAGAAUGCCUGCAGUUGUGUACCUUUUUACUUUCCAGUCAGAGGGUCAUACCGAUUGUGCAAUUUUAAUGAUUUGGAUUGUUUGGGAAACGUAUUAAAUCCUGUUCAAAAUUUGUCGGCGAACGGAAAUGUUGGGAUGACUUUUCAGUGUCUACCCGAGUGCGAACAUUUCGACUAUCCGCUAGAAGUGGCUUUGGGAGUUCUGGCUCCGGGCUUAAAACACAAUGGUUUACCAUUCUUCAACGACGUGAAAUUGGAGAAUCGUUCUCUGCUAAACGUGUUUUUUAAUGACUUAGUAUCAACAAAAUACCGUCGGGAUGUUUAUCUCAACUGGCAAAAUAUAUUGGGUAAGUACAUACGUAUUUGUUACAUUUUACGUAAACCACAGACAUAUGAAUGGAUAAUGUUGAAAGAUUCACCAUUCACCGCACUAGAAAUUACUUUUUCCCGAUACACAUAUCAUCCUGAUCAGAGAAUCUACUGUUAUUGUAGUUAUUUUAUUACAUUGAGGAAGUGUGAGUGCUUUGAGUUAUAUUUUUAUAAUAAACUAGGUUUUGACCACGGCUUCGCCCGCGUGAAUUUCAUAGGAAAAUCUCAGUCAUUAUUUAAGAAAAAUAAUGAUGAGUAUGUUUACCAAUUUUCAGCUUUUUAUCUUUAAAAUUGUAUUACGUCCCAUUCACCUCCCUUUUGAUGGGGUUCAGGGUUAUUUUUCAGAAAAAUGUGAAACACGUUUUCAUUACUUUGUUGUAAACAACCAAAAUUAAAAAUUUCAAGUCACUAACUUCAACGGUGUAGAACUUUCAUAUUUACAGUUUUUCACCCCCUUCGGAGUAGAAUUUCCAAAAAUACUCUCUUAGUGCUCACCUACACUCACGUACAUGCCAAAUUUCAACUUCCCGCCCAGCUGUGUUCAACAAUUUGAAAGUAUCUACCUACUUAAAAUUCGGCGUACGUAUUUUUUAAUUUCACGAUAUUUCAGAAUCUAUUAAUCCAAUUUAUGUGCUGUAAAGGACAAAAUUUAUUAAAUUUAAUACUUUUAAUCAUAAGGAUUAAUAUGCUUGUGUAAUAAUAAUUGUAAAAAUGCACCAUUGUAAAAAUAUCUUUUUAUAUAUAAAAUGCCCUAUAGAUUAAUUUAAUUAUAAAAGAUAGAUUGUGUCGCGGACUUUUUUAUGGAUCUACUAAAAACCUAUAUACCUUUUUAUAAUAUUAGUGUGGAUUUGUGAGAGAGACACCAUAGCGUGAUUUAGUGAUUUAAAAGUUUUGGUGGCGCCAUCUAGUGAUUUUUUUCGGAAGUGCAAUAAAUAUAAUAUAUAUCAUUUUGUCUGGAUGAAAUCAUAGCACGUUUUAAAAGUCUUGGUGGCGUCAUCAAAACUGAAAAUAUGUUCAAAACUGAAAUAUAACAAAAUUAAAUUUUAAAUUGAUAUCUUCCAAUUAUAUCUAUAUCAGACUUUCAUCGAUAAAAAAAAUGUUUAUAUUCUGUUUACACCUUUCUACAAAAUUUGAAAAUAAAUCGGCACCGUGGAUUGUUAUUUUAAUUUUCCUACAGGACCCUCCUCAUUUUCCGGGAUGAAAUGUCUAUAAGAUGUUAACCCGUGAUUCCGAGGAAUUUUUGAUUCAUAAUUAGUUUUUCUAUUAUCCUACCGGGAACCUGACCAUUUACCGGGAUGAAAUGUAUCUAAUUUUCCUAAAGGACCCUCCUAAUUUUCCGGGAUGAAAUGUCUAUAAGAUGUUAACCCGGGAUUCCGAGGAAUUUUUGAUUCAUAAUUAGUUUUUCUAUUAUCCUACGGGAACCUGACCAUUUACCGGGAUGAAAUGUUUCUAAUUUUCCUAAAGGACCCUCCUCAUUUUCUGGGAUGAAAUGUCUAUAAGAUGUUAACUCGGGAUUCUGAGGUAUUUUUGAUUCAUAAUUAGUUUUUCAAUUAUCCUACGGGAACCUGACCAUUUACUGGGAUGAAUUGUAUCUAAGAUGUUAACCCGGUAUAUAAGAUACCUACAUACCAAAUUUCAAGUAAAUUGGUCCAGUAGAUUUCGAGUGAUGCGCGUUCAGACAGACAGACAAAAAAUUCCAAAACUAUAUUUUCGUCAUCUAUAUGUAACUAAGUAUAUUCCAUGAAGAAUUUAGAACAAUAUCCAAUGUACAAAUUUGGCCUUUAUUCAAUUUUAUUAUAUUUAUCGAUGAUAUUAUGUAUUGAUGUUGAUAAUAAAAAUUGCAGUGUGUGUAUAACAAUGUAAUAUGAAUUCGUUGUUGAUAUAACUUUUCUGACGGUAGUACCUAUCGCACAAAUCAGAGAAACAAACAUUACAGAAGAUUUUUUGAAUUGAACUUGUAUUUUAUGUAUAUAUUUGAUUUACAGCUGCGUUCGGGGGUCUCCUGAGUCUCAUGCUCGGCUUCACACUGAUAUCCGGAUUUGACUUUCUGUUGUUUUUCGUGUUCCGAAUGCCAUUUGAAAAUCUUUCUCGGAAGAUUUUACC